AUGAAAUGUAAUCUAAUAUCGUCACGUAUUAGAAAGAAACGUUCAAUUCGGAUUGGAGUUGGUAUUAGCAUCUUUGUUUUAAUCAUCGUUUUCUAUAUUCAUUAUGGACUCAAUUCUAAUCUUGAUCCAUAUGAAACUAUUUUACAUUAUCGUCAUAAUCAGACGGGGCAGAAUCUAACUCGUAUUCUCUGUUUAAUUUUUACAUCAGCAAAUACUCUUCUUACAAGAGCACGAGCUGUUCAUGAAACAUGGGCAUCACGAUGUGACAAAUAUUAUUUUAUUUGUGAGAUAAUACCAAAAAAUCUAACGCAUAAUGAGAUUCAACUUAUUAAAUCUAUGCCAAUAGCAUCAAUUAACAAUACUCUACCUGGGUAUAAUCAUUUAACAUUAAAAUCAAGAUUAAGCUUUCAUUUCGCAUAUGAACAUCAUCAAAAUGAUUUCGAUUGGUUCGUUAAAGCAGACGAUGAUACUUAUUUAAUAGUUGAAAAUUUAAAAUUAUUUUUAAGUAAACAAAACAAAUCCGAACCAAUUACAUUUGGAUAUAAUUUUAAACCAUACGUUCCAAACGGAUACCAUUCAGGUGGAGCUUCAUAUGUGUUGAGUCGUGAAGCAUUGAGACGAUUUUACUUGGCUAAUAAUGAUUCGAAAUCUCAAUGUCAGGAAGAUGGUGGUGGUGAAGAUAUUGAGAUUGCUAAAUGUCUUCGCAGUGUUGGUGUCUUAGCAGGUAAAUCGAUCGAUCAACACAAACGUGAGCGUUUUCAUCCAUUGGAUUUGAAUGAUCACUUCUUUGGCAACUUUCCUGAUUGGCUCGGUGAAUAUGCUGAAAAUCAACCGUUAUCUGGAUUUGACUGUUGCAGUGAAGACACGAUUUCGUUCCAUUAUGUCAGUGCAGAUGAACAAUAUAAGAUGGAUCGCAUACGUUAUGGAGCUCGAUCGUUGAUCGCAUAA